AUGGCCGGCGUAACAAUAUCCAACCCUGGAUGGUGGGAAAAAAGAGAGUGCUGCGAUGGCACGAAGUUUUACUACAACGUCGCAACACAUCAAAGAACAAAACUAAACCCUAGCCGCGGUCCAUUACCCCCAGGUUGGAGCGAGUACAUUGUCGAUGGAGAAAUUCAAGCCCUUCAACAACGCACUGGAAUUAUUGCAAAGGCAGAUCCACGAUGCUAUGAGCCAGAUCACGAAAAGAGGGUUGCAGCAACAAUCCACGACUGGACUACACACCGGGCGAGUCCUCUGUAUAGCAUGCCCACUCCUCACAGCGUCCUCCGAAUCAUCUGGAGAGAUGUGGAAAUGCAUCUGCCGACAUUCCGUAGAGAUAUAGAGAAGUACGAGCAUAUGGGCACGAAGGCCACCUCUAAUCAUAAGCUCAUUGGGAGUUUGGAGGAUAACCUCCAAGCCAUUGAGACAUGGCGUGCUAUGGCCGAAGAACAAGUGGAAAAGUUAGAGAAGGAUGCCAUUGCUGCGGGAAGGAACAUCAGUGUGGAGGGGCUGCGAAGAAAAUUUGACGCAUUUCGAAACGCUGUUGAUGCUGCAGUAAAGGAAAUGCAUGAGGGAUGGUUGAAAAUAGAACACAAUAUGUAUUUGUUAGAGUCAUUAGAAGCGUUCUUCGGUUCACUGAGGAGCACAACAUGGGGGUAG